UGUGUCUAGAAGAAUCAACUCAUCGUUAGUUAGGCGGAAUUACUCGUCAUAUAACAUGAUUUAUUAUGCCAACACGAAAUCAUGACAUCUUUUCACUCCAUUUCUCUUGACUUGUGAACCAGCUUCACGUUUGGCCAAAGUAACGAACGUCUUUAGGCGACUAACUGUCUGAAGAUCUAAAAAAUACAAACAAAAAGGAGCCACGAGGCAUUAUUGUCCAUACCCAUUUUAAUCCAUGAACAUCAUUUGUGAUUCUCCUUUAACAGGAGAUGUAAGGAAUGCAUUCUUUCGAAUAAAGGGGCCUGCCUAAAAGGCAGUUGCUUGAUCACUGAACUGAAAUACUUCUAGCUUUAUUCUCAAACUCAGUUGGAAAAGCUGUGUUGCUUUUGUGCUACUUUUUAAUUGAGGGAUAGAGAUAUUCACAGGCAAGGUGGGACCUGAGUAGUUUAUGUUUUGAGAGAAAACUUGCUCGUCGCCCAGUCGAUGCUCCGAUAUCACUAAAACGGGAUGUCAAGCGCAAGUCGAAAGUUGUCAACCGAGGAGUCUUAUGUUAAAAUAAAACGCAAUCUCGAGUUUAUGGAUGCAUUAUUGGCAGACCUGCAAGGAACUGCAGGGGUGACAUCUUUCGAUGCUAAUGAAAAAGUGAAUGGACAUGAAAGCAAUGGAAAAGAAAGUCCUUCUGCUGGAAAACCAUUCUCAUAUUCUCCAAUUCCACCAAGAAAACCAGAAACAAGUGUAUCAGAAUUAGAUAACCUACUAGAUGAUCUCAACGAAAAGAAAGCAAGUAGUGAUGAGGAAAGCCUGAAACGGAAAAGCCAGGGAAGUACUUCAUCAAGGCAAAGUCUGAAAGGUUCAAAUGCCAGUUCAUCACCAAGAGACUCUCAACGAAACUCUGAUCAACCUGCAACAUCUGGUCCAGAAAGCUUGAUGCAGCAAUCCAAUUUGCUUUCAACUAAAGUGGAAGCCCUCCUUGAUGAACUUGACAGUGCUGUUGCUCCCACACCAGCCCCUGUAGUUGAGAGACGCCCUGCUGCCGGAAGGGCUGGUCUUUCAAAUGAUGGCACGUUGCCUUCUAAAACAGCUUCAAGCGCCACCAAAGAGCUUGACGACCUAAUGGCCUCGUUGUCAGACUUUAGAGUGAGCGUACAGCGGGAUUCUCGUGUACCAACCCUCUCUGCUGCGUUACCCCCUGAACAGGCUGCACAAAAGGAACCUCCCCCCAGUGGCAUGGCAUCAAAAACUGCCGACUAUGCGAAAGUUGACAAGCAACCAUCGCUUAAAGGAAAAUCAGGAGCUGCGAAGAUAAACCAGCUGGACUCUAUGCUUGGAAACCUGCAAUCCGACAUGUCUCGCCAGGGGGUCGCUACUGUUACCAAAGGUGUAUGUGCAGCUUGUAGUAAACCUAUCGUAGGACAGGUCUGUACCGCACUCGGAAGAACUUGGCAUCCGGAACAUUUUACAUGUGCAGUCUGCGAAGUUCCGUUAGGGACGAAAACCUUUUUCGAGAGAGAUGGGAAGCCAUAUUGUGAGCAAGAUUAUCAUGAGCAAUUUGCACCAAGGUGUUCCUAUUGUGAAGGACCGAUUCUUGAUUCCUGUGUCACUGCGAUGGAUCAGACUUGGCACCCAGAGCACUUUGUUUGUGCACAGUGCGGCAAACCCUUUGGGGAAAGUGGCUAUCACGAGAAGGAUGGCAAACCUUAUUGUCGUGAUGAUUAUUAUGGCCUCUUUGCCCCAAAGUGUAGCGGCUGUGACAGGGCUAUUAUGGAUAAUUAUAUUACCGCCUUGAACGGACAUUGGCACCCAGAAUGCUUUGUGUGUAUGGAAUGCCGCCAGCCAUUUCAAGGGGGCAGCUUCUUUGAACACGAAGGCAUGCCCUACUGCGAGAUGCACUACCAUGCAAGACGCGGAUCGCUAUGCUACAGUUGCCAGAAACCGAUCACGGGUCGGUGCAUUACUGCAAUGCACCGGAAGUUCCACCCGGAACACUUUAUUUGCGCUUUUUGCCUGAAGCAGCUGAACAAAGGUACGUUCAAAGAACAGAACGACAAGCCCUACUGCCAUUCCUGUUUCGUAAAACUGUUUGGAUGAAAAUGAAGAUUUAUAUGUUGGAAGGAUGAACAAAGACCUGCUGAUUUUUGACGACAACUUUUGUCAUAAACACGCGAAGAUAAAUGAAUUGCACGUGGUGAUAUAUGAAUGGACACGUGAAUGUAUUUUAUUGAUCAUGUGAUAUUUUUAUACAACUUUUUCAAAUGCUGCUGUUGUUGGAAAUCCAUGGCGUAUGUUCAGUUUUAUCUGUUCAGCAGUUGAUGAAAGGCAGAAUUAAUGCAAUGAAAAAGGAUAAGAUUUUGGAAAAAUAUCCGUCUCUUGAAAAAUUAUCCACGGCUACUCCUAUCAUUUAUAUUCCUCAUUCAAUCUGUGCUAGAACUUUCGAUUGGUUUUAAAAAAGAACUCUGUUUGUACCAUGAUUUCAUUUCCUUGCAGAGCAUCUUUAUUUAGUUAAUGAAUCGUGUGUCAUAAAUAUUCUUUUUUUCUCAGAAAUUGCAAACUUUGGAAU